AUGGCCACAAAGUCCGACACACGCCCCCAGGCGGGUGCUCUGGACAUCCGCGUCGAAGACUACCUUGACGACAAGCUCCAAUCCACGACCGAUCUCGAAAACCUCGACUCCUUGCUUGCCAAUGUCGAGGUUCAGCGGAGCCAGCUUCAAAGCCAGCUUGACAAUGCGAUCAAGCAGCUCGACGAGGCUCGUCGCACUUCAGAUGACCGCCAGUCAUCGCUUUCUCAGCGUAUCCAUGACUUUCAAGAGCUACAGCGUAGCAUUGACAUUCGUGUCAAGAUCGCUGCGGCCUCGGAUGCACCCAACCAAGCCAUCGCCAGACUACAGAGGCCCAUGAAGAAGCUCCAGACAAUCGAACUUGCGCAGAAAUAUUUGGUGCUUCUACAAGAUGUUGAAAAACUGCGAACCGAAGCACGCUCAUAUCUCCCUGAGAGUCCUAAAGCUGCGCUAGAGCCGUACUCGAAGUUGAAGCAGCUUUCAAGACGGUUGGAGGAGCUUUCCGGGCCUGCCGACGAUGCGGCAGUGCAUCUUUUGAACCAUGUUCGCAGCGUCACCGAGACGCUCUGGGAAGAGAUGAAGAAGAUUAUGUCGAGCGAGCUGGAGGCCAUACUGAGCAAGAGAUCGUGGCCAAUGGUGGAUCCGACCUCAGAAAUGGACGAAGAGUGGCUUGCUUGCUUCGAGAAGCUAAUCGAUCUUCAAAUCCCUGAGGUUACUCUGAGCAAGGCGACUGUCAGUCUCCUACCUUUUGAUGUUAUGAGUCGGAUAUUCAUCUCAGAGUUCCGCUUCCACUUCUUCAGCGACAAGCCGACGAGCAAGCCUGAGGCGAUAGGGACGCACUGUUUCCCCUGGUUUCUGGCAACUAUAGAAAAAUGGGAAGGUUUCUUCCGAGACAAUCUAGGCUUCACUCUGGCAGAUAAGUUCCGUGAUACGCCAGCUGCCAAUAGCUUGGUGUACGUUGACCCAGUUUGUGCCUUCAUUACUAGUAUGCUCCCUGUCAUGAGAGAGAAAGUCAAGGCUGUGGUAGCAGAUGCUGCGAAGGAUCCAACCUUUCUUAGUAGCCUCAUGGGCCAGCUGAUGACGUUCGAUGAGAACGUUCGUUCAAAAUUCAACUACGACGGAGGCAACCCGGAGCAGGGCUGGCCUGGUUUGGCCUCGGAGAUCUUAGAGGACUGGUUCGAGCCGUGGUUCCAGGCUGAAAAGGCCUUUGCAAUGGAGCGUUUCCAGGCUAUAAUGGACACGCCAGACGCGCGGAACAUAGACUACGACUACACCAGCGCUGGAAAGACCAAGCCUACGUUUGGAGCGGUGCGAGUCACCGACUUGCUGAAGUCGAUCACGACGCAGUACGAAAGGGUCCGCACCUUCAAGCACAAGAUUCGCUUUUUGAUAGGUAUUCAGCUUGAUAUCUUGGAUGAGUUCCAUGAUCGCCUUCGUGGCUCACUUGAAGCCUAUCAAGCCCUUACGUCAACUGUUGGUAGGACUCUCCAUGGGGUGACGAAGGAACAGCUUGCGGCUCUCGAAGGCACAGGUGCCCUAGAGUCACUAUGUAAGGUAUAUGGUAGUGCUGACCACGUUGUCAACACACUUAAGGACUGGAGUAACGAGGAGUUCUUCGUUACCCUAUGGGAUCAGCUCCAGGCUCGUGCAACCAAAGAUGGCGAGCCUUCGAGGAUGUCUGGCGACAUGAGCUAUGAGGAGGUCAAAGAUCGUACUUCCACGGCGGUUGGCGCCGAUACGGACGAUGGUAUUCUGUUCGAUGAGACGAUUGCUGCAUAUAGUCUCCGACGCAAGACGGCGCAGGACUUUUUGGUCAAUGCUCUUUCCGACUCUCACUACAAGGCCUUCCGAGCCUAUGCGACGCGCACUCAGUGGACAACCAUUAGUGACGGUGGUUCAGAAAUUGACCCCUCACAGCUUGCCAUCACGCCCGAACUGGAUGAGCCAUUGAGAAUUUUGAAACGCAACCUCGAUUUUCUGGUGAAGGCCAUCGGCACCGCGCCUUUCCGCCGUACAUGGCGUUCCACUCUUGACAAGCUCCAAGAUCUGCUAUGGGGAGAGGUCCUUAUGAGGGCGAGCUUCACAGCAUUUGGUGCCGCUCAAUUCACCCGCGAUGUCAAUGCUAUCUUUUCAUUGAUUGAGAGAUACAUUCCGAAUGGAGUAGCUUCGAUGGCGAGCUUGGUUGACGCCUUGAAGCUUCUUAAUCUCCCCACAGAGCCUGCAGAGGGUGCGCUGUCACUGAAAGAGGCAACUGAUCGAGUGUUCACAGACAACACUGAAGCAAAGAAGACGCUGGAAGAGCUGGAUAUUGACACGCUCACCCCGGCAAACGCGAGGCACAUUCUACAGCGCAGGGUUGAGAACAAAGAAUAG